GGUGCGUCCACCGUGCCGCACGCGCAGCGCGGCACACGCCAGUCCCAGUCGCCGUGCAGAGGCCGCACGCACGCGCGCCGCAUCCCGCGCUCUCUAAACGUGUAGUGUGUCAGUGUGUGUGUGUGUGCGCUCGUGAAAGUGUCAGAGGUGAUCAUCAUUAAUGUGGUUCCAAGUUUCGGGGCGUGAGUGUGUGUGCCGUGUCAGUGGUGUCUGUGUGAGUGCAGUGCAGUGACUGUGUGCAAGAGGAAGGCUCCCUGGGCUAUGGCUCCGAGAAGCUCUCGCUCGGACAGGACUUCCCUCAGGUUGCUUUUUGGGAUGGGCGUCGCCGCGCUGGACGGCCUGGACGGGGACGCCGCAGCAGAGGCCGCCGCAGAGGCCGCCGCAGAGACCGCCGCCCCCUGAGCCUUUGAGCCCCGCGACGCCAUGGACGCCAUGGACGCCGAGAAUGCGACGGACGCCGACAGCGACGCCCUGGGGCUUGCCGUGCUGGCCCUGGGGCUGGGCGCCUCCAACGGCACGGUCAGCGCCACCCUGGCCACCGCCAACAACACCCUCGAGUUCCUCGCAUCGCUGCCGGUGCUGUACAAGCCCCUGUACAGGGACCUGGUGGCCUGGCUGGCGGACGUGGGGGUGGCCGUGGACGCCAACGACACCCUGUUCUGCGAGACCAAAGCCAACGUGAGCCGCCUGCCCGUGGAGGUGUGCGAGCGGCUGGACAAACUGCACGCCCCCAUGAACGGCACGCUGUGCCAGGAGCACGCCCCCACGCUCACCAACCCCGACGUGGUGCGCGCCGCGCUGCUGGCGCUGCUGGCGCUGCUGUCCUUCGUCGGCAACUGCUACACCAUCAACAGCAUCAGGAAUAAAGCGAGCCCGGCCCCGGUCUACAAGCUCAUCCUGCACCUGUCCGUGGCGGACGCGCUCGUGUCGCUGGUCUGCAUCGCCGGCGAGGCCGCGUGGAUGCUGGUGGUGCAGUGGACGUUCGGCAACGUGGCCUGCAAGGUCUUCAAGUUCCUGGAGAUGACCGCCCUGCACGGCUCGUCCUACGUCGUCGUCCUGAUCGCGCAGAACCGCUGGGUGGCCGUGAGCCACCCCCUGGCCUCGCGGCGACACAACUCGUCGCUGUGCGGCACGGUGUGGGACACGGUGCGCUGCGCCUCGCCCAGGUCCGUGCUCUUCGUCUGGAUCCUGGGGGCCUUCGCCAGCGUGCCGCAGCUCAUCAUGUUCAGCGUGAAGGAGGGCCCGUUCAUCGAGCCCUACUACCAGUGCGUCACCCACGGCGUGGUGUCGACCGAGUCGGUGCGCAUGUACAACAUCAUCAACUUCAUCACGCUGUUCGUGUUCCCGCUGCUGGGGCUCAUCUGCUCGUACCUGUCCAUCUACUGCACCCUGUCGAAGGGCCAGAGGGAGAUCCACAGCGUGGACAAGAUCACCAUCGCGGCGCACGACCAGAACCGGCAGCGCAGCAUGAAGCGCGCCAUGGUCAAGUCGCGCUGGAUCGCCGUGGUCAUCGUGUGCGCGUACCUGGUGUCGUGGAUCCCCUACUACAUCUCCAUGCUCGCGCACUUCCUCUCGUCCGGGCCCGAAGUGCCGCUCCCCACCUCCGAGUGGAUGGACUGGAUCUUCUUCUUCGGGAUGGCCAACAGCGUCGUCAACCCCGCCAUCUACGGCAUGUUCCAGCUGUGGAAGCCCAAGGCGAGGCGGCAAUGGUCCUGCUUUCGACAAAGGGACGGCUCCACGCAGUUGACGCAGUUCACGGACAGCUUCCGGCGCCACGCCAUGCUGGGUCUGACGCCGCCCGAGGCGGCGGCCGCGGAGCAGGCCCUACAGGGUGUCAACGGGUACGCCAACGGGCACGCCAACGGCGGGGUGCCGCCCCUGCGGCGGAUGCCGUCCUCAGACCGGGCGCUGCCCCCGCCGCCCCCGCCGCCGCCACCCUCGGCGCCGUUGGUCGCGCCACCGCCACCUCCUCCAGCCUCCACCGAGGCCACCGCCGAGACCAUGCUGCUGGACAGCGCGGCCUCGACCAACCAGGCCGCCUCGCGCGCCCCGGGCGACGCCGUCGUGGAGGUGCCCGUCAUCAGGACGAAGGCCGGCCCGUUCAGCUGGCGGACGCGCUUCCUGCGCAAGUACAGGGCGCUGCGGGCGCACUCGGCCCACCAGACGCACAUUUGAUGGACUGCGAGGACCCCGCCGAGGACCCCGUCAGCGGCUCUAGUCGGCCCCCCGGCCAACCUCGCCGGCGAGCACCCCGCGAGGCAGCUUUGCUGGGCAGGACACUUUGCUGGGCAGUGCCAUGGCAGUGCUUUCCACCCAGAACUUACUAGUCAAUGAAGAGAGCUGUCGGCCAUCCGUCGGCCAGCCGAUGGCAGCUCUACUAGGUCACACUAUUCGCUGGAGAAGUUUGUGACACUAAUUAAACAAACGGGUCAUGUUAAUGCUAGGAAUAAGGAUCUCGCACUGGGGCAGUGUCCGUAUGCGGCGGGCCCCAGUCGAGCCACACGAUCUCAGAACGGGUUUUAUGACAUCGAAUCGGGAAAUUAGUAUUUAUUGUCGUAGCAUGGCUUCAGAUGAAUACUGCUGCAUUUCUCUGUGACGCUUGCAUUGUACUGUACAAAUAAUUGAAUAAAUUGGUGUAGCUCUCUUGGUGUUGAGAAGACCGGUCCCGUUUCACGGAGUCCAAAACUUUGGCCCUGAUGCGGAAACGUAUGUUUUGUGCAUGAGAGUUAAGUUUUGAGUCAUAGUGCUGAUUAAUAGAAUUGUAAAUAUGUAAUGAUGCAAAAGUCUCUCUAUUUCCGGUUGUAUUUCUUCGUCACAAUGUAAUUCUAGGGGUAGGGAGUCGUUCUAGAUAUUUAUUCGAUUUGUCUCUCUUAUUUAAGAUUAAUUUCCAUUCACCAUCUCCAUUUGGCUUUGUAAAAAAAGAGGACAUGUAGAAUGUUCGCAAGCCAUACAAUGUGAACAACUUUCUGGCAUCAAGCUUUACUGUGUCAAAGGCCUAAAAGACACCACCUGAUUUUCAGUAUUAUAUGAAAAGGCUCAAAUAUGGAACUAUACAUUCCUAGAAAAAGUUUAAUUCCACGAUGCAAUAGUUCUGAUGUGAUAGAUUUCGAGGCUCUGGGUACACCGCGCAUUUGCCAAGGCAGACGAGGGUGAGGGUGAGGGUGGGGGAGCGUGGAUCAAUGCGAAUCGCGACCCUGGCGCCUGAUGGUUUGGCUAAACAUUUCACCAUCAUUUGGUUCAGAUAGAUCCCACCUCACCUGUCAACGAUGUGGAGAACUCGGCCUACAUCUUUUAAAUGUCUUAUUGUACAGAGUCCUGACCAAAGACAACCCUCUGAAAAAAGCAAGUUGUGAGUUAUAAUAGAAUUCUCUUGUCCUUUCCUGGACUAGCUGCUGUCAAGAUCUGCUACUCCUUUCUCCUCUCAAAGCAACAUGUUCUCUUUCUAUCUAGGUUUUAUUCUGCAAUGUGGUGAAAAGAGAAGGAAAAAAUGAGUGAGUGCAUGUAAACGGCAAAGACUGUCUUUGAAUUGUUUUGUUUACUUUAAUGUAUAGAAUUUCCUUUCAAAUAAAAUCAGACAAUGUCCACAUGUUCCUAGAUUGCUACUCUAGGUCUGAAUAUAAUUUGGUUAUAAUGUGUUUCUAGCUGUUUCAUACAGCCCCCAUUAAAUUUAUUCUGAUUCUGUGUAAAGAUUACAUGUAUGCUGUGAUAAAGUAGCAUUCUCAAAUCUAUUAUGAUUUCAGUAAGAAUGGAGGAUAGAGGCAGAAGUUAGUCAACAAAUUUUUUUCUCUGCCACUUCCUGUAUAAAAGGCAGGCCGAUCAUUUCAAUUUGUCUUAUCUGUACGAAAAACGCAUUAAUCUAACGAAGGCAUGAAAUAAAACAAAGUCACGAUGUCUACAACGCUU